UGGCUGGCAGCAUGGUCUUUUGGCCCAGUUCAGAGUGGUGGGUCCUGGUCACCCUCUCACUGCCAUUGUGGGUGAGGCCAUUGUGUUACCCUGUCACCUGUCCCCCAGGAUGAGCGCGGUGAACAUGGAGGUGAGAUGGUUCCAAUCUGAGUUCACUUCAGUUGUGCACCUGUAUCAGCAUGGGAAGGAUCAGAAUGGAGAGCAGAUGCCAGACUAUCAUGGAAGGACGGAGCUUUUGAAAGAUGGCAUCCUAGAUGGGAAUGUCUCCUUGCAGAUUCUUAAUAUCAGACGCUCAGAUGAAGGACAAUACAGCUGUUUUGUUCAAGAUGGUCUUUUUUAUGAAGAAGCCAUAUUGGAACUGAUGGUAGCAGGUUUGGGCUCCAAUCCUCUCAUCUCUGUGGAGAGUCACCAGGAUGGAGGGAUCCGGAUGGUUUGUCAAUCGGCUGGUUGGUAUCCAGAGCCCAAGGUUCUUUGGAGAGAUCUCAGUGGGAAAGAAUUACCAUCACUCUCUGAAGCAAAAUCCCUCAGGGAUAGUGGCCUGUUUGAAACAGAAAAUUCUAUUAUUAUAAAAGAACGUUCAAACCAGAACCUGUCCUGCUGGAUCAGGAACACCGUUCUCAAUCAAGAAAAGGAAUCAACAGUUUAUAUAGCAGAUUCCUUUUUCCCGAGGGUGAAUCCAUGGAUGGUGGCUCUGAGUGUGAUCCUGCUGGUUUUGUUUGGUUUCAUUGGCCUCACUAUUUAUCUAUUUAAAAUAAAAGGGAAACAUCUUGGAGAAACCAGCAAACAUGAUACAGAAAUGAAUGAUCUUCAAAGAGAACUUGACUGGAGAAGAAACAUCGUCUGCCCAGCGAAUGUGACUCUGGAUCCAGACACGGCUCAUCCCAAACUCGUCCUGUCUGAGGGUGGGAAAAGUGUGAGAUGUGGAGAGACGCGGCAGCGACUGCCCGACACCCAUGAGCGAUUUGACUAUUGGGAAUGUGUGCUGGGCUGUGAGGGAUUCACCGCGGGGAGACAUUGCUGGGAGGUGGAGGUGGGGGCUGGGCGAUACUGGGCUGUGGGGGUGGCCAGAGAGUCUGUGGGGAGGAAGAGAGGGAUCAGCCGUAGCUCUGAGGGGGGGAUCUGGGCUGUGGAGCGGUGGGAGGAUCAGUUCCAGGCUCUCACCUCCCCUGAGACCCCCCUGAGCCGGCGCCGGGCCCCCAGCAGGAUCUGGGUUUGUCUGGAUUGUGGCCGGGGGCAGGUGACAUUUAUCGAUGCUGGUGACGAGGCCCCGAUCUUCACUUUCCCGCCGGGCUCCGUCCCUGGGGAGAGAAUCCGCCCCUGGCUCUGGGUGUGGGGGGUCCCGGCUCCGCCUGCGUCCCUGAGACCCACAGCAGAGCGGGGGGCUGGAAAUCAGCCUCUCUAGCCUCACGGACCCCAGCUCUAUGACCUUGGAGGACUCCCAUCGAACCCAGCCCCUGGCCCCUCAUCUCUAUGGCCCAUGGAAGCUCCUCUCCCUCCCUCCCUGCAGCCCCAGGCAUGGGAGGGGGAGGGGGAGGAACCCCUGGGGCUGCAGGAGCGGCAGAGGGCCCUGAGGGGCAGAGGCGGGGGCUGGGCAGGAGGCAGAACUAACAGCCGGGCUGGGGACAGGCAGAGGUGGAGGAGGCAGGGACCCAGCAUGAAUCAAUCUGGGUUUUGGGAGAAGCUGGAAGCUCUGCAGCAGCUGGGAGCAUUUUGUGCAGAUCUGUGGGAUUAGAUCUCGCUGGGGCAGCAAGAGGGGAAGGCAGAAAAUCAGGGGAAAGAAGGGAGCAGCCAAGGGGGAUGAUCUGUGGGAGGGAGGGGAGGAGAGUGGGAAAGACACAGGAAAAUAAACAGGGAUCACAAGUGAGGGCUAGAAAAAUGCUGAGUAGAGAAGGAGAGUAUGAAAGAAAAGGGAGAAGGAAAGGGAACCUGAGAGGGACAGAGGGAUUUAUGAUGUGUUACUGAAAGUGAGACUGUGACUCAUUAA